AUGACGGCUUCAGACGCUGAUCUGAUCAUUGUGCAUCAGAUUCGGGCGAAGGUUGAUCCUUACGCCAAGAACGAAGCGUUUAAAUGCAGUAAUGCUGAUGUUUUCAAGUGGAAACAUCUGGGUAAUAUUCUUGCUGAGAAGUUUGGGUUCGAGGAGAAUGUGAAGAUGAUGAAAGGAAAAAUGUGGGGUAUGUGGAGAUGA